GGGCGGCUGCGAGGGGCGGUGCCUCGGCGAUCCCCGGGCCGCGCCGGGGGGAGGCGGCGGCGGCGGCGGAUCCGGGCCCGGCGGAGGCGGAAGGGGCGGGCGGACGUGGCCCUGACUCUGCGGGACGCGCGAUGCUGGUUAUCCUCCUGGGAAACAUCACUUUUUGUGUAUAAAGAAUAUCUUGCUGAGUUGCUGCAACUGAGUUUAGAAUGUUACUUGACUUGUGAUUCUGAUGGAGGAAUAACAAGAGCUCAGGCUGCUGCACUGGAAGACUUUACUGGAAGUACAAAAUGUCGUCGAAUAGGAGUCAGAACCCGCAUGGACUUAAACAGAUUGGUCUUGACCAGAUAUGGGAUGACCUAAGAGCUGGAAUUCAACAGGUUUACACCAGACAAAGUAUGGCGAAAUCCAGAUACAUGGAACUCUACACUCAUGUUUAUAACUACUGUACCAGUGUACACCAGUCAAAUCAAGCACGGGGAGCUGGAGUACCUCCCUCUAAAUCGAAAAAGGGCCAGACACCUGGAGGUGCUCAGUUUGUUGGCUUGGAAUUGUACAAACGGCUAAAAGAAUUUCUGAAGAACUACUUGACUAAUCUCCUUAAGGAUGGUGAAGAUUUGAUGGAUGAGAGUGUGCUGAAAUUCUACACUCAACAGUGGGAAGAUUAUAGGUUUUCAAGCAAAGUAUUGAAUGGGAUAUGUGCCUACCUCAAUCGACAUUGGGUUCGUCGUGAGUGUGAUGAAGGUCGUAAAGGAAUAUAUGAAAUUUAUUCACUUGCCUUGGUGACCUGGAGAGACUGCUUAUUCAGGCCAUUAAAUAAGCAGGUAACAAAUGCAGUGUUGAAAUUGAUUGAAAAGGAAAGAAAUGGUGAAACUAUCAAUACAAGGCUGAUCAGUGGAGUUGUACAAUCCUAUGUGGAGCUGGGGCUGAAUGAAGAUGAUGCAUUUGCAAAAGGACCUACACUAACUGUCUAUAAAGAAUCCUUUGAAUCUCAGUUUCUUGCUGACACAGAGAGAUUUUAUACACGAGAAAGUACUGAAUUCUUGCAACAGAACCCAGUCACAGAGUACAUGAAGAAGGCUGAAGCUCGCCUUCUUGAGGAGCAGCGUAGAGUUCAGGUAUAUCUCCAUGAGAGCACACAAGAUGAGUUAGCACGAAAGUGUGAGCAAGUACUUAUCGAAAAACAUCUGGAGAUAUUUCAUACAGAGUUUCAGAACUUGUUGGAUGCUGACAAAAAUGAAGACUUGGGUCGCAUGUAUAACCUUGUAUCUCGAAUCCAGGAUGGCCUUGGAGAGCUGAAAAAACUUUUGGAAACUCACAUUCACAAUCAGGGUCUAGCUGCAAUUGAGAAAUGUGGAGAAGCUGCACUAAAUGAUCCAAAAAUGUAUGUACAGACAGUGUUGGAUGUCCAUAAGAAAUACAACGCUUUAGUCAUGUCUGCAUUCAACAAUGAUGCUGGCUUCGUGGCUGCACUAGACAAAGCUUGUGGUCGAUUUAUAAAUAAUAAUGCAGUAACAAAAAUGGCUCAAUCAUCCAGUAAAUCCCCAGAGCUACUGGCACGAUACUGUGACUCUUUACUAAAGAAAAGUUCAAAGAAUCCAGAAGAAGCAGAAUUGGAAGAUACACUCAAUCAAGUGAUGGUUGUCUUCAAGUACAUUGAGGAUAAAGAUGUGUUUCAAAAAUUCUAUGCUAAAAUGCUGGCAAAGAGACUUGUGCAUCAAAACAGUGCUAGUGAUGAUGCUGAGGCAAGCAUGAUCUCCAAACUAAAACAAGCUUGUGGUUUUGAGUAUACCUCCAAGCUGCAGCGGAUGUUCCAAGACAUUGGUGUAAGCAAGGAUUUGAAUGAGCAAUUUAAAAAGCACCUGACCAAUUCAGAACCAUUAGAUUUGGAUUUCAGCAUCCAGGUGCUGAGUUCUGGAUCGUGGCCGUUCCAGCAGUCCUGCACGUUUGCUCUGCCAUCUGAGUUAGAACGGAGCUAUCAGAGAUUUACUGCAUUUUAUGCCAGUCGUCAUAGUGGAAGAAAAUUAACAUGGUUGUAUCAGCUGUCCAAAGGGGAAUUGGUUACCAACUGUUUCAAAAACAGAUACACAUUACAGGCAUCCACAUUCCAGAUGGCGAUUUUACUGCAGUACAACACAGAAGAUGCCUACACCGUGCAGCAGCUGACAGACAGUACUCAAAUAAAAAUGGAUAUCUUGGCACAAGUUCUACAGAUACUGUUGAAAUCAAAAUUGCUUGUUUUGGAAGAUGAAAAUGCAAAUGUUGAUGAAGUGGAGUUAAAACCAGAUACUUUAAUAAAACUGUAUCUUGGUUACAAAAACAAAAAGUUAAGGGUAAACAUCAAUGUGCCAAUGAAGACUGAACAGAAGCAGGAGCAAGAAACUACACAUAAAAAUAUAGAGGAAGACAGGAAACUACUGAUUCAGGCUGCUAUUGUGAGAAUCAUGAAAAUGAGGAAAGUUCUAAAACACCAGCAACUGCUUGGAGAAGUGCUAACACAGCUGUCCUCAAGGUUCAAGCCACGAGUUCCUGUAAUUAAGGUAUGUGAGACCCAUAUCUCUGAACCUGGAUUCCAGGAGGUGAGGUGGAUAUCUACGCAGACAAAACACAUGCUUCUGAAUUAAAAAGGAAAGCUAAGGAGAUGGGAUGGACAAGGGUAGAUUUUUUUGAGUUGCAAGUAGGGAAUAUUUUAACCAGAAAUACUGCAUUUCUCUUAGGGUACUAUCCAUGUUUCACACUGUUGGCAGUGAUGGUAAAAUAGUAGCUGGAUUGCAUCUUUUCACAUCAGUCAGCUUACCAUUGCCCUUGAUCCAGGCUUACCUUUUGUUCCUGCUCUCCCAGUUGUGGGACAAUAGUCAGCCUUGGGGUUACUCGAUGUAACAGUUUCCUGCUUUCCUUUACAGUAAAAAUGUUAGGGAAGGGGGCAUUGGAUUUAAUUAUUUACUCAUAAUUAUACUGGUUAUAUUAAUUACUCAUUUAUGUAUAUUAAUUUUUUCAUCUGUUUGUUUAAGUGAGCUCACUAGCAGUUUUUAUAUCCCCAACCAAGGGGUAGGUGGGGCAAAGGACAGGCAGUGAGAGAGAGCAGUUGCAUGAACUGGCACCAAGGCAGUUACACAGAGAGCCCCUCACUGCUGCUGUCUUUCGUGACCUUACAUAAGCUCUCUGCAUCUUGGUGUAAUUCUUUAUUUGCUGUCUUACUAUGAAGUUGCUCAGCGUACUGAUGAUCUCCCAGUCACACCCCUGGAAUGGCAUCCAGUAAGUGCAAUUCAGUUUAGUGGAUUUACAAAGCCUUCUGCUUGGAUGUGGUCAGAAAGAGGAGAGUGAACUGCUGUGGUUUGUGUCCUUUACCUAUUCCUGUCCUCUAUUUGGCAGGAAACUCCCUUGGGGGUCAAAAUCAAAGUUUGGAGCAACCCCAGAGAGGGCUUUUAUGCCUGUGUCUCACAGCUCACCUCUGUUCUGUUC